CUUCGAUUUCCCCGUUCGAGGUCCACAAGUCGCAAAAAUGGGUGGUGUCACCGUUCGCGAUGUCGACGCGCAGAAGUUCAUCGCUGCCUACUCUGCGUUCUUGAAGCGCCAGGGAAAGCUCCCCAUUCCCGGAUGGGUUGACACUGUCAAGACCUCCGCUUCCAACGAGCUUCCUCCCCAGGAUGCCGACUGGUACUACGUCCGCGCUGCUGCCGUCGCCCGUCACAUCUACAUGCGCAAGACUGUCGGUGUUGGCCGUCUCCGCAAGGUCCACGGUUCCGUCAAGAACCGUGGCUCCCGCCCCAACCACCACGUCGACGCUUCCGGCUCCGUCGACCGCAAGAUCCUCCAGUCCCUCGAGAAGAUCGGUGUCCUCGAGACCGAUGAGGAGAAGGGUGGCCGCCGCAUCACCCAGAGCGGCCAGCGUGAUCUUGACCGUAUCGCCAAGACCACCGUUGACGAGGAGGAGGACGACGAGUAAAUUAGCUCCGCUGGAUUUCGAUUCUAAAAUAAUGAAAAAGUCCUGAUGUUACCCUCCUCCUUCUAACCUUUCUUUUUUUCCUCUUCUUGAUCUUUUAACUUUCCGACAUCGGUUUUUGGGGGAUGGAGAUGAAAAGGAAAGGGAAGUUGGGGGCCAGGGCUGGGUCAACCAUUUCCUCCACCUCACAUCCAAACCAUGUACGACAUUGUCUGUGGUAGAAGAAGGGGGCAUGAGGCAGGCAGGCAGGGUUUUCAUGGAAAUUUAUUUUCGAAUGAAGGAGUGGCUUUUUUCCAAGGAGGGGCAGCAAGCAUCUCGAAGAUUGAACAAAGACUAAGAACAAGAAAGCGAGAGGAUGAACUGAAUGAUGGUUUUUUUU